AUGAAUGCCGCUGUAGCCAUGCAACACUCUACAACACAUCGAGCAUUCAUCGGAGGCGCUAUUAGCAUUACAGCCGGCCUGGUAUUCGGUACAGCCAGUUUCCUUGGUUUUGGGGACAGUGCUGCCCAGGUCCUCACAAAGUGCAUGUCGGCAUGGAUGGGUCACCAUCAUCGGACAGGGUUUCCUAAGCUUCUCAUGGAAUCAGCAGCAUCCCAUCCAAACGGUCCCUUGGAUCAUCUCCGGUUGCUCAAUAACGCACCCGAAUCAUUAUCUACACUCUCAACAUCAGCACCAUCAAGACGUUUGUUCGUCCAUACUCGAUGCGCAUAA